AUGGAACCUUUCAAGCAGCCGAUGGACGCGCUCACGUACGCCGGCCAGCAGCAAGGCGGCGAAGCUCAGGGGUACUACAACCAGCAGCCGCAAUAUGGCCAGCCUCAGUACGGACAACCGCAGUCUGGACAGCAGCAGCAACAGCCCAUGCAAAACCCGCCUGCGUACGGGCAAGACUACGGCAACGACGACAAGGCCAAUUUCGAGCAGCAAUUCAAGAUCGAGCGGCCGAAAUGGAAUGACCUCUGGGCUGGAAUCCUCUUCAUCCUGUUCUUCUUGGGCUUCGUGGCUGUCUCUGGUAUCAGCAUCGCAGGCUACGCUGGAAACAAGUCCUUCAAUGGCGGCGGUAUCUAUGGCUCAGCGAACGAUUUCAGUCUCAAUACAAACACGAUCGUCCUGUUCUGCUUUAUCCUGGCAACCUCUCUCGUCCUGGGCUACGGAUACAUCUCCCUCGCGCGCAUCUUCACGAAGCAGUUCAUCUGGAUCACCGGUAUUCUCAAUAUUUGCCUCACCCUGGCGACGGCGAUCUACUACUUCUACCGCCAUGCGUGGGUUGGAGGGGCUCUGUGGCUUGUAAUUGGGAUCUUCACCAUCUUCUGCUUCAUCACGUGGAUCAAGCGGAUUCCGUUUGCGGUGUUGAUGUUCCAGACCGCUGUGGAUGUAUCGCGAAACGUGGGGCAUGUUUACCUGGUCUCCUUCAUUGGUGGCCUCAUUGCUCUGGUAAGUGUCCGAUCUUCCCUCGCGUGAGGUUCACUGACGUGAGUGUGCUUUGCAGGCCUUCAGUGCAUGGUUUGCAGUUACGUUGGUCGCCGUUUACGUCCGCUUCGAGCCCGGCGCGAACCCAUCUUGCAACGCCAGUGCUGGUGGAUCUGGAGGCUGUAGCUCUGCAGUUGUCAUCGGAUUGCUGGUCUACAUUACUUUUACCGGAUACUGGGUCACCGAAUGGCUGAAGAAUACCAUACACACGACGAUUUCUGGCGUGUAUGGUGGCUGGUACUUCAACCCACACAACCCACCGAAAGGUGCAACUCGGGGAGCCGCAAGGAGAGCACUCACGUACAGCUUCGGUUCGAUCAGCUUGGGCAGCUUGUUGGUCGCAAUUCUUGACACCCUGCGUUUCCUCUGCUCUGUCGCCCAGCAAGACACGAACACCGGAAACUUUGCAGCAGACUGUGCUUUCUGUGUGCUCCGAUGUAUUCUUGGACUGGUACAGUGGGCUCUGGAGUUCAUCAACCGCUAUGCCUUCAGCUAUAUGUCACUCUACGGCAAGAGCUACUUCCAAUCCGCGAAAGACACCUGGAAGCUUAUCAAGGACCGCGGCAUCGACGCUCUCAUCAAUGAGUGCUUGGUCGGACCUGUGCUUUCCAUGGGCUGCUUGUUCGUUGGUGUGGCCUGCGGUCUGAUUAGCUACGUCUACCUGGAGGUAACAGAUCCUGCCUACAACCAUGGAGGACAAUUCACCGCGGUUAUAGUUGUCUACUCCUUCUUGAUCGGACUUCAGGUCACCGGCUGUUUCGUGGUGCCACUCAAUUCUGGCAUCGACACCAUCUUCGUUGCAGCGGCCUUCGACCCAGAAGUCCUCAUGCGGGAGCACGGGGAGUUCUACUCUAAAAUGGUAUCAGUCUACCCACACGUGCAGCAGGCGAUCCACGCGUGA